UUUCUCUACUCUUGAAAGUGAUUACAAAAAUAUAUGGUUUAGAAGUAAACUCUAGGACUGAGUGGAGAAUCAGAGCUUGAAAACGAUUUGGAUGACUACUGAUUGGAGUUUAGACUAGACUUAUAUAACUUAUAUAUAGAGUUGUGUGGAAAUGACCUCAUCAUCCAGUGAUACGACCAGCAGUUCAAUGACGGGCACAUCUCCUCUUGUAAACAAAAUGUCCAUUUCUAUGGUAUCUACCGAUCCCUCCACUAUUAAAAAAGGUCUGCUUUGGCAACAAAGGGACAGAUUCUUUAGCCGUUGGAAAGAGAGAUAUUUUGUGUUAACAAAGGAUUACUUGUCGUGCUUUAAGAAGGGCUCUAAAGUGGGAAUGUCUGAAAUGGGAAGCUUUAUGUAUAAAUUAACUCUUGUAGACGUCGAGGGACUUAAUUGGGCCGAUAAGAAGAGGGAUGGGGUUAUUGCUAUUCGGGUGGGAACUGGAGGACAGUUACUCUUGUGGUCCAACACUGGUUUAGAUGAAUGGAUGUUCGCAUUGAGAGAAGCCGUUAAUCGGAGUAAAGGCAGAAGAGAGGCAUUACGUAAAUCUCAGACUUUAUUGCCUUCAAUGACCGGCGGAGGCAUUUGGAACCGGCAAAAGAUAUCUUCAUUGCACUAUACAUUGGGUGACAGUCCCGUCGGUGUCAGUAAUACGACAUCACGACUACAUAGGGCUACCAGUGCUGACUUCACCAAUUGCGAGGAUGCAAACCGUCAAUUAAGGUCAACCAUACAUCACAAUCCAACUCCAGUUCUGAACCGACGUUUCCAACGAAUAUCAGUCUUAACAGACAUUGAUCUGAGUCUUGAGAGCGCGUCGGGGGAGAGGAGAUCACUGGCGCCCAGGGAUGAGCAGCCAAUAGCCAAUCGGGCGGGUCUUCCACGACUGGCCCCUCAAUGCGGCGGAAACAACAGUCACGUGAACGCCAACCAAAUCGGCAACUCUUCACAGAAUAGUUCGUUGCAGUCAUUGGUAUCGUUGGGACGAACGACCGGACAGUUAGUGAGCCAUCAGUUCAAUAGACCGAGUCCUCGGUCACUGCAAGUGUCCCCAGCAUUAGCCCAGCGCUCACUCUAUGCGCAACACAUCCUCUCGUCUCCGGAGAUCAUAGGAGUGAACACAACUGACUCAAGACAUCACCAAAUGGCCAAAUCAGCCCUAAAGAAUAUCAGUCUUGAGAGCGCGUCGGGGGAGAGGAGAUCACUGACGCCCAGGGAUGAGCAGCCAAUACCCAAUCGGGCGGGUCUUCCACGACUGGCCCCUCAAUGCGGCGGAAACAACAGUCACGUGAAUGCCAACCAAAUCGGCAACUCUUCACAGAAUAGUUCGUUGCAGUCAUUGGUAUCGUUGGGACGAACGACCGGACAGUUAGUGAGCCAUCAGUUCAAUAGACCGAGUCCUCGAUCACUGCAAGUGUCCCCAGCAUUAGCCCAGCGCUCACUCUAUGCGCAACACAUCCUCUCGUCUCCGGAGAUCAUAGGAGUGAACACAACUGACUCAAGACAUCACCAAAUGGCCAAAUCAGCCCUAAAUUACAAUAAUCUCUACUAUUCUUAUAAACAUUGA